CCUUACUGUGUUUCAACUCGACUGCCACCCGGGUGCAAAGCAGUGCCACAAUCAGCGUCAAUCCUGAGGAGACGUGCAAGAAGGAGGCUGGAGAGGACUUUGCAAAGUUGGUCACACUCGGGCUCAAGGACAAUAAGUGGUAUUGUAUCACGCCUUGCUCAUCCGGCUACAGUACCUCCAAGAACUGCAGCUACGGCAAAUGUCAGCUGCAGCGAACUGGAGCCCGGUGCCUCUGCCUGUCCACGGAUACUCACUGGUACAGCGGGGAAAACUGUGACUGGGGCAUCCAGAAAAGCCUGGUAUAUGGGCUCGGGGGAGCCGGGCUGGCGGUGCUGUUGGUGAUCCUUGUGAUCCUCCUUGUCUUCUCCAUCCACUUCAGAAGAGAGGCACAAAGGCAAAGGUCCAGAGUGUCCGAGAUGUACAGGUGGGGUGAAGAGGAAGGCAGAGCAUCUCCCGGAACCUUCCACAACGUUGGCUUUGACCACAACGAAGAACGAGAAAACUACAUCCCCUUGGACUCCGUGUACAGCAACUUCCAGGCUUCCCUAAACCAUAUAAACCCUGAAAGAAAGAUCCAGAUUCAGAGGCCCCAAGUCGUCAUGACAUCACUGUAA